AUGGGCUGCGUACCACAUUAUGACCAAUUACUCCGGCAUAAGCAACUGCGAACAGGAGAUCGCGGAUGGAAUGCAACAUCCCUUUCGCUGAUCGCUGCCUAUGACUAUGGAAUUUAUUCUGUGGUUACUACCGAAGCAGAUGGCUGGUUUGGAGACAAAAUGCCACCAAAUUCAUCAAUAGCUAUGCUCUCUAUAACUUCUCGACGUAUAGAAAGGGCCUAUGCGUUGCCGCUGGAAUACAAUGGCAGUGAAACAUUGAUGCUUUACCUACCUAUUCUCGUUUUCCAUAAGUCUCAUUUGAAGAAUUGGAUCAUUUUUCCUCCAAAAUGCGUGAUUGAUCCUAGGAAGGUUCUUCUAAUGUGGGUACAUCAUGUUGUGCUGUAUUUCCCAGGAUACAAAGGCAUCAGUUUGCCUGCCAGCAAGGCUGUCGUAAGGCAUUAUCGUGAUUUGACACAUGCUGAACCUGCUCGGAGGUACAAGUUUUACAAUGAAUGGUACAAGUACGGAGACGUGCAUUAUCCGUCCAAGCUGAUAAUAGCACUUUAUCGUAACAUCUACAACACUUUGAAUCGUGUUUAUGGAGUGAUGGACUACUUGGAAGAUUUUGAAGAAGACCUUGCUACCAUUACAUAG